AUGAACAAUAUCGGGAUUAUAUUAUGCACACAAGAAAAGUAUGAUAAAGCUCUUGAUUAUCAUCGACGAGCACUUGAAAUACAAGAAAAAUAUUGUCUAUCAUGCCAGAGAGAAAUUGCCAAGAGUCUCAAUUACAUUGGUGAUGCUCUCUGUGGACAGGAAAAAUAUGAUGAAGCCUUCAAGUUUUAUCAACGUGUACUCAAAGUUCAAGAGAAUUAUUAUCCAAAUGGUCAUGUGGACAUUGCGACAACUUUCAAUAAUAUUGGCACAACAUUGCGUCAUCAACAAAAAUUCGAUGAAGCGAUUAAAUAUCAUCAAAAAGCAAUAGAAAUCCAAGAGAAAUAUUAUUCAUCAGACAGUAUCAUCAUAGCAGAUACCAUCAAUCGUAUUGGUCAUGUUCUGUACGAUGAAAACAAGUAUGAUGCAACCAUUGACUAUUAUCGACGAGCACUUUCAAUACAAGAGAACUUCUAUCCUGGUAAUCACAUUGAAAUUUCUCAUACUUUCACCUCCAUUGGUAACAAUCUAUAUGAACAAAAGAAGUAUGAUGAAGCUCUUCAAUUUCAUCAAAAAGCCUUGGCUAUUCAAGAAAAACAUUAUGAAUUUCCUCAUCUUGAAAUUGCACAGAGUCUAAAUCGUAUUGGUAAUGUUCUAUAUAGUCAAGAGAAAUAUAACGAAGCCAUUAAUUUCUAUCAACGAUCAUUAAGUAUUCGAGAGAAAUUCCAUCCACUUGGUUAUACUGGCAUUGCUACUGUUCUUAACAAUAUCGGAAAAGCCUUUUAUGAACAAAGAAAAUAUAAUGAAGCUCUUGACUUUCAUCAACGAGCAUUAAGUAUUCGAGAGAAAUUCAAUGCAACUAAUCAUGUUGGCAUUGCUGAUAUUCUAAUAGACAUUGUCAAUGUUCUAAGAGAUCAACAAAAAUACGAAGAAGCUAUGAAAUUUCAACGAAGAGUAUUGACAAUUCGAGAAGAAAAUUAUUCUUCAUGUCAUGAGAAAGUUGCAGAGUGUCUAAAUCGCAUUGAUUUCCUAUACACUCAUCAAAAACAAUAUUAUCUAGCACUCGAUUAUUAUCAACGUGGUUUAACAAUUCUUGAAAAGUGCUAUCCAUUGGAUCAUGUUGAUAUUGCUCUGAAUCUCCGAUCUAUUGGUAUCAUCUUAUAUGAACAAGGGAAGCAUGAUGAAGCACUCGAUUUCUGUAAACGAGCAAUGACAAUCAAUGAACAAUAUUAUCCAUCGGGUCAUGUAGAUCUUGCUCUUUGUCAGGCUUAUAUUGGUAAUAUAUUGAGUGAUCAAGGAAAAUAUGAUGAAGCUUUCGAUUUUUAUCAUCGAGCACUAACUUUUUACAAGGAACAUUCAUCCAAUCAUUUGAAUACUGCUACUUGUCUAAACAACAUAGCUCAAACUUUAAAAAAACAAAGAAAAUAUGAUGAAGCUCUCGACUUUCAACAACAAGCAUUGACAGUUCUCAAAAAUGACUCAUCUAGUGAUCAAUUCAGAAUUGCUACCAAUCUCAAGGAUAUCGGUAUUACUCUGUUUGAACAAACAAAAUAUGAUGAAUCUCUUAACUUUUGUCAACAAGCAUUGAUUGUAUUCGAAGAAUAUUAUCCCAAUAAUCAUAGUGAAAUUACUGUUUGCCUAUCCUGGAUUGUUGCUAACUUCGAUAGAAAGUUCCAGUUCGAUCUUGCUAUUGAAUAUUUGGAAAGAUGGUUAUUAAUUAAAGAAGUCAGUUCAUCUUCAAAAGAUAUUUCCAUCGUUAACGUAUUUACGUGGUUGUCACAAGUGCAAAGAAAGAGAGGUCAACGUGAUCUCUCCCUUAUAUAUGAACAGAAUUGUUUCUUGACGCGUCUCAAACUGCUACCACCAGAUCAUGUGGAUAUUGGCAAUAGUUUAUCGAUCAUAGGUAAAAUUUACGAAAAUCUUCAUAAACCUAUGUUGGCACUUAAUUACUAUCAACAAGCAUUAGUUAUCUACAGAAAAUGUUUGAGUUCCUGGCAUUAUAAACUACGAGAUAUGGAACGAAAUAUUGAACGACUUUCGGAAGAACUUGAAAUAGAACUCGAUGAAUCAAAUUGA